AAAUCCCUCAAUUUUCCUUCCCUCUACUUGGUUCUCACACCCUCUGUUCUCUACUUCCCUUGAUCUCAUCCCUUAGCUCAUUUCACACUAUCUUUUCCACUCUUUGUUGGUCUGAAAAUGGCGAAUGCAAAAGAUCCAUUAACCCCAUCGCCAGCCAUUGGAAAGAUCGGUCCUUACACUGUCUUUCUAACUCCUCCUACGCCUAAACCCACUUCUGAACUCCCUCCUUCUAUUCCAGAAACCCCCAAAAAAGUAGCCGUUAUUUCUCCGCCUCCAGUUCAACCUCCUCCGGCUAAAUUCGAACCGGCCGGUGACCGGUUCGCUUUUCUUUGGGAUGCUGUCUCUAAAGUCCAAGACGUGCAUUCGAGUGUUGAUUCGUACAUGGCGAAUUGGUUGGGCUUGAAUCAGUCUAAAUAUCAAUGGGCGUUGGAUGAUUACUAUGAAUCUAAAGGAAUGGAGAAGGGAGCUGGUCUCAAAAAAGAAGUUUCUAGCAAAAGGCAGUCUGUUUAAUGGUGAUGCUUUGCAGGAAUUAUAUGUAAAAUGAGUCUUUGUACACCUUUCCAACUACAAUAUAUCCUAGUAAUACAUGUGAAAAUGGUGGAAUCCACAACGGUUCCAGAGUUGCAUCCGAAAUGAAAAUUUUCCGGCUUCAUCCUGCGAAAUGCAAGUGAUGCAUCUCUGAUCUUUUGUCGAGGCGGUAGCUCGUGUAAUUGUUAAAUCUGGUAGGCUCUUAAUGUUUCCACCGUGUAUUCUUUAUUGUAUCGUUUGCGUAAACACAUCAUCUGUAUGUCGCAAUUUAUAACUAUCAUGCUCACUCCAAGUUAUCGCUUCAAUGCAAGUUAUCUGUUUAUGAAGACGUUCCUUUGCUAGCCCUAGUGAUUAAAACAUUC